AUGCAGAUCCUCCAUAUUGCCCUCUAUGCCCUCCUGGCCACAUCCUUCGUCUUCGCGAUUAUCGAAUUAGGUGUAUCCGGUCAUUCGGCUUCUGUUUGGCAAGACGCCGCAAACGCCUAUAAUGACUUUUAUGGCAAUGUCGAUACCAGCGUCCCUGGAAUCUUGUCAUUCGCUAUCUUUGCCUCAGUAUGGACCAUGCUGGUAUCAGUCGCCGCGCUUGUCCUGUCAUGGUUCUACACCCGCAAAGGUACCAAUGAGAAGUUGAAUUCAAUUCUGGGAUUUUCCUUCGCUAUUGUCUAUUUCAUUACAAUGGUCUUCUGGCUCGCCGUCUUCGCCGACAUUGCAUCUCAGCUUGAUGGCUAUACCAGCACUAAUGACGAUUUAAACGCCAUCAUCGCCUUCGCAGUAUUGCUCUGGAUCCUCUUCAUCGCACUUUUCGUGCUUUCAGUUCUCGCACUUUGUGGUGUGUUGGUGUCGGAUUGGGCAGGCUAUCAGUCGGUGCGUAAGACACAGGCCGUGAAUGCGCCAUCGACUAAUACUCCUGCCCCUGAGGUUCCGAUGAGUACAAACCCCGUUGCACCUCAAACCAACCGGGAUGCUGAAGCUCUACAUGAGCAGCCGAACAUUCAACAGCUUAGUCCCUCGGAGGUCUCGGCUACUAUGGCCAGUGCCGAACUAAGUGCUGACAACGUCCACGAUCACCAAACUAACCACGCUUGA